AUGGUCACGAGCCUGUCGGACAAGGAAGCCCUACUGAAACUUGACGUCAUGACCCCUGACAACUCGGAUGAGGAGGGGCAAAGCUCCAAUGACGAGGUAUCUGAUGAGGAUGAGGAAAGCGACAAGGAUCAACAAAUUACGCCCCCUACCAAAGCAAAGCGCGGCCGCCCCCGCAAAAACGUUCUCAAAGAAGCGGCAAAACGGAUGAAGAAGUUCUAA